CAGACGCCACUCGUCGAGUCGCUCCCGCUCUCGGCCGCCACCGGCUGCCAAGUGCUGCUCAAGAUGGACGCGCUGCAGCCGAGCGGCUCCUUCAAGGACCGCGGGAUGGCCUACAUGUGCGCAGCGCUGCAGUCGCGUGGUGUCACCGACCUCAUCUCCUCCUCCGGCGGCAACGCUGGCCUCGCCGCCUCUGCCGCCGGCCGCAAGCUAGGCAUGCGCGUCCGGGUGGUCGUGCCGACGACCACAAAGCCAAUCAUGAUUGAAAAGAUGCGCGCGCACGGAGCCGAGGUGGAGGUGCACGGCGCCAACUGGAACGCGGCGGACGAACUCGCUCGA